AUGGCUUGCACCGGUACCCAUUCUCCCGUCCGAACCGUCACCACCAUCGACGUCGAGAUGCCUAUUUUGACCACCGACCUGGUCCCCAUUGGCCAAUGUCAAUCGAGCGAUGUGGAGUGUCCCUCUGACACUCUGGUUCCCCUGUCCCUGAAUCAAUUGAAAGCGGGCGAGGUCAUCCAACGGAUGCGCGGCGAUGCGAAUAGCCUCCUCUGCAACAUCCAGGGCCUGCUCCAGUACCACACCCUCUCCGCCGUCGACGGCGGCCACGUCCUCCCCAGCACCAUCCUCGGCAACCCCAAGCUCCUCGACGUGCAGCGGCUGUCGCGGGGCAUCUCGGAGAACAUGGGCGAGCUCGUCGCGCUCUCGCACAGGGAGGCCAGGGAAACGAUGCGCGACCUCGGACAGGCCCGCGUGCUGCGGCACCCCUACCGCCACGACUACCGUGUCGCUGAUCAUCACCACCGCCACAGGGCCGCCCGUCGUCACCCCGCGACGCCGGGGGGCGACCCGGUCCAGCUCGCCUGCCACGCUUGCAACACACGACGUACGCCCAAGUGGCGCGCCGGGCCGGCCGGCCCCUGUACACUGUGCAACGUGUGCGGUCUGUUGCACGCCAUGCGGCUGCGGAAGCAGGGCCGUUCCCGGAGCAAGAUGGCCUCGGCGUCGUCGUCGUUCGUCUUGUGA